GUAUGUAGUGAUCAUAUUAAUUUAAUUCUAAUUCAUUGAUUGAUGCAACUGAUCUUUUACCUUGCAUCUUUCAAGUUGUUGCCAUCUAACUACUUACAAUAUUGAACACCCAACAUUGAAUCCAACUAAGUCGCCAUGUCUCACCCCGAACCAUCUCAACCGGUCCAUUUGACCAAGGCCUCUACUAUUAAGCCAUCGGGUGGACAAACAGAGGGCAUGAUCCGAUCAAAUGCCAUCGUCGACAAGUGUGACGGGAUCUGUGCUACCAGCAUGCUUGCCAAGCCACAUACCGCCUCAGCGGUCCAUCAUCAUGGGGCUCUAGACACCAUAGUCUACGCUGUCAAGGGUCGAGGUAGCGUUGUCAGCGAAGGGGGAUCAAAGAGGGUCGACCUAGAACCAGGAGACUACGCAUUAAUUCCCGCAUAUAUGGAACACCAAGAGAUCAACGACGGCGAUGAGGAUGUGAUAUGGACUAUAGUGCGGAGCGGAAGGAUCCCCGAGGUCGUCAAUUUGACCGGUUGGAACGGAGAUCCUAUCAAAGAUUAGAAGCCUUUGCGUCUCCUAUAGGGACGAAUGGAACAUGCUUCUUGCAGCUAUAUUCAACCAAAUUUCAACGCUUCUCUAUCUAUCUAUUGAUUCUGUACGUAUCUGCGAUCGAUCGGUAUAUCGUUAAAAUAUAU